AUGGGUCUUAAUGUGAAAUAUCAUAUAGUUGAAUAUGAGGAGGAUAGUAUUGUUAAGGGUUAUUAGAUUGAUAUAAAAUAAAAGAUAACCCAAGUAACUUUAAAGAUAUUAUAAAAUUUGGAGAUGGAGAACAUAUUUGGGAAAAAAUGUAACUCAAGAAAUAAUUUGAUAUAGAUAAUUCAAAAAUCACAGUAAAUCAAAUUAUUGAGAAAAUGUAAUAAAUUGCAAAUAAAAAUGGACCAUAUUCUACUAUUUAUAAUAAUUGUUAAUCUGUUGCAAAAGAGGUGACUGAAUAACUAUUGUUUAAAGAAAUCUCUUAAUGUAAGGUCAAAUUUUUAGCAAAGGUUACAAAAAUUAUAAGGUGAAUAAGAGAAUGGAAAGUCAAAACUUCAUUCAGCUUUAUUGGUUGUUACUUAAUUUGGCAUAUUUGGUUAAUAUUUUAGAUAUUAUAUUGUUGAAAUUUUAAAUGAUGGAAAAUUACAUUGUUAAUAGAUGAAUAUGAAAUAAAUCCCUUCAUCACUCAGCAAUAUGAGUUUAUUUGAAAUGAACAAUGUCUGUGGGAAAUAGAGUCAAAAAUUGAUGAGUAUUAUCUUGAGUAGAAAAUUACAGACAUUAUUGAUAUAAUAAAAUAAAGUCAAAGCAUAUUCGAUUCUAAUAGUGAAUCAAUGA